GCCAUUUUCGUAAAAGUAUAACCUCCACUUUAUUUAUAUAUUUCGCCUUUAUUUCUUGGGGUUUAACCAAAAUGAAAAACUAAGCAAGAAAGAAGAGUCUUUGUUUUAUCUUCUUGGAAGCGUAUUUGUCUAAAAAUGGACCGUUACGUCCGUGUAAGGAAAAUUGGCGAAGGUUCGUUCGGGAAAGCUCUUCUCGUCAAGAAGAAAAAUGACGGCAAACACUAUGUUAUAAAAGAGAUAAACAUUUCUAAGAUGAAGCCAAGAGAACGAGAAGAAUCGAGGAAAGAGGUCAAAGUUCUCUCUCAGCUAAAGCAUCCUAACAUUGUGACAUACAUGGAAUCUUUUGAAGAGAUCGGAAAUUUAUACAUUGUGAUGGAUUACUGUGAUGGAGGUGAUUUAUAUAAAAAGAUAAAUGGUCAACGUGGUGUGCUAUUUACUGAAGAUCAGGUAAUGGACUGGUUUGUGCAGAUUGCUCUUGGAAUGAAACAUGUACAUGAUAGGAAGAUCCUGCACAGGGAUAUCAAGUCUCAGAAUAUUUUCUUGACAAGACAUGGGAUAGUUAAGUUAGGAGAUUUUGGUAUUGCAAGAGUAUUACACAGUACUGUAGAAUUGGCCAGAACAUGUAUAGGAACACCUUAUUAUUUGUCACCUGAGAUAGUAGAAAAUAGACCAUAUAAUAAUAAAAGUGAUAUUUGGUCUUUAGGAUGYGUUCUUUAUGAAAUGCUGACCCUUAAGCAUGCUUUUGAAGCUGGAAACAUGAAAAAUCUGGUCCUAAAGAUCAUAAGGGGAUCAUAUCCACCUAUACCUACGAGAUAUGGUGCUGAUAUCCGACUACUAGUUGCACAGCUUUUGAAGAGAAACCCUCGUGAUAGGCCAUCAGUAAAUACUGUUUUGAAGAAGAACUUUAUCCAGAAAAGAAUACAGAAGUUCCUAACAGAGGAGGUUAUAGAAGAUGAAUUUAGCCAUACGGUUCUCCAUCGGAAGCCAUUUGGUGUACCAGGUCAAAGACCAUUACCACCCAAGCAAGCCCCAGUCAAGCCUUCAGCAGCAGCUCCUAAGUUCAGUAGACCAGAAGCCAAGUAUUCGGUGUCAGUUGCACAGAAAAAACCGCCAAAGAAGCCUGGUUCAGGAGGUGAAGUUGCUAAAAAAGUAGUCAAAGACCGUAUUCCGGCUAAACUUGCAGACAAGAGAAAGGAAAUGGAUGCAAGGGAAAGAAGAAGAAAAGAAUUAAUGCAAAAUCAGGAUCAAAUGUACAAUGAGCAUAUGAAGAAAAUACAACAGCAGCGCUGGGAGAGACAACAACGUGAGCACAUCAACAAAGCGGGGGAGCAGGCUUGGAAAUCGACCAUGAGUGUUGGACUUUCCCCAGAGAAACAAGCUGCAAAUGCACCCAAACAACAUGUUGUGAAGAAGGACCCACAACCAAUGAACAAAUAUAAAAGACCAAUAUCUGCUCAAGAGAGAAAAGAAAACAUUCCUGAAGCACCAAAGCCAUCUAGACCUGUGUCUGCAAUAAGUGCAAACAAUGUUCCUCGUAACCCUACUCCUGCAUGGGAGGCUGCAAUGCAAGGACAGAUGAAUAGGGAAUAUGCAGCUAAGGCAGCAAAACAAUCCAGAAUAAAAGAAGAAUACUGGGCAAGAAAAAGAGAAGCUGCACGGAACAAGAACCGUGGAAUGGCAGACUAUGGAGGAUAUGACUAUAAGCUGCCUGAGAAACCUAAAGCUGCUGGAAGUAAUGGCGAUAGAAAUGGAAAUAGAAAUGGGAUAAGAGGUAGAAACAGAGAAGAACAGGAUUACCUUGCAAGACUUGAGGCUAUUCGACGCCAAAACUAUGGCGAGCGCCGAGAAAUUCAGAGGAGAAUGGCAGGUAUCCGUGGCCCACCACAGGAUAGGCCAUCACAGAAAGAGGAAGUUAARGUCCCUGGGGAUCCAAGAUAUGAUCCUGAAGCCAGACGAAAGAAGAUAGCAGCCCUCAAGCAACAGGCCGAGGAACGGGCUGCAAUGUUACGAAAACAACUGGAUGAAAAAAAGAAAGCUGUGUUGGAGAGACUAAACAAGGCAGGAAAAGAAAAAUGGGAGGAGGAGCAGAAAAACAUGAAAGAAAAACCAAGUGCAGAUGAAAGACCCAUCCCCAUGAAAAGAGCAGUACCAGAGGAAAAGCCUGUUGCUGCUGCAGUUGGACUUGAGACAGCCUUAAAACAAGUUGGUGUUAAGACUUUGUUCCGUUCAAAUUCUGAAAAUGACAUUGCCAAGGUGAUUAAGGAAAUGGACGAUGAUGAGGAGCCAGGCAUGAUGAAUCAGCAUCCUAGGAAGAAAUGGGGUGCCAUACCCUUCCAGCCCAGGCUUUUACCAUUAGAGGUUACAUCAUCCCAUAUGGAAGCUACUAGUGCACAAGAUGCAGUAAUCAAACCAGGAGAUAAAAACAGCCCAGCAAGAAGACAAUGGGGCCAACAAAAAACCCAGAUAGUCUCGGCACUAGAAAAUAUCAAGCUUCAGACAGCCACAACAACAGUAAGAGGCAUUGAUCAGAGUGAUGCUGCUGUCAAAAAUGAGAAAGGGUUUGUAGCACAACCUGGCAGUCCUAGUCCUAGCAUAGGUCAAACUACUAUAAUACAGAAACAGCAAGAUGUUACACCAAGCUCACCUAUUGGUCAGACUAUAACAGUCUCUAAUCCUUCUCCACUGGCUGGGCUUCCUGUGGUGACAGGGUCUCCAGCUACUCCUAACACAGUGAUCCUCAAGAAACCUAGUCRUGAGGAAACAAUACCAGAGGAACAAGAGGAGAGAGAGGGACCUGCUAGUGUAAAGAAGGCCUGGGAUGAGAAACCAACCACACCUUCUAAAGAUUCUGCUGUACCUAAGUCACCACGCAGCCCAAAACCUGACGACAGACAAGCAUAUGAUCAUUUUGUCAGGUCAGUUAUAAUUGAAGAAACGAAAACUGACAAGAUCCCAACAAAAGACGAGCAGUCUGCUGUAGUAGAGGACUUAAAAGUGGAGGAUGUAUCUGUUGAGGAGUCCUCAUUUCAUACUGCUGAUGGCUCACCAGAGAAAUCAUAUGCUGUGAUGCUGAAAACUGGAAAUUUUGAUACAAAUUCAAGGAGAUUACGAACUUGCUCCAUGCCAGAUCUGCGUCUGUUAUUCACCACACCUCAUAAAAAUACAUUCUUUGAAAAAGAUGAAGAUGUUCCUGACAAUGAUGAUCAACAGGAUGAUGUUGGUGAUAAUGAUGUUGAUGAGGAGGGGGAGGGGGAGGGAGAAGAAGAAGAAGAAGAAGAAGAAGAAGAAGAAGAGAAAGAAGAUGAUGAAAAUGACGGAGAUGAUGAAGAGGAAGGAGAGUUUGGUGAUGAUGAUGAGGAAGAGGAGGAAUUAGCUGAAGUAAGUGAUGAAGAAGAAGAGGCAGAAGAAUAUGAAAACAUGUUGGCUUCAAUGCGUGAUGUUCUUGUCAGUUCUGCUCRUUCACCAUCUCCAAUGAAGGCAGUAGGGACUGUUCAAAGCAUGGACUGGGAUCCUACUGGUGACACAGCUUCUCCUACAGCUGAUGAUGCUGAUGGACCCAAGAAUGAUGAAAAUGGUAGAUCAUCAGAGCUAUCUAACCUCAAUGAAGACUGGGAUUCUGGUGAAGGAGAGGUUGAUGGCGAUGAAGAUGUUGAAGAUGGACAGAAAGAACAAGAAGAUGACAGUGUAUUCCAGCGUCUAGAAGAGUCACGCCUUGCACUAGAACAGGAGCUUGGCUUUGAUAGGUUUCUUAGGGUUUACAAAUAUCUACAGGCUAUUCAAGAGAAUGAAGAUGAAAACGAAAAUGCCAAUGUUGGUUCAUCAGAAGAGAUAACAGAGUUACUGGGUGAUAAGGAACAUUUGUACCCCAAGAUACUGUACCUGGUCAUUGCCGACUCUGCAUACAAUGAAGAUAACCAGUAGCCCUGACCRUCACACCUUGCAAGUCAGAACUACUAAAGUGGAAUAGAAUCUUUUAAAAUUGAAAUCUAGAUUGAUGAAAACGGAAUAACCUUGGGGCUUCUUUCACGUAUGUAAUGUUGGUUUGAUCUCUUGUUGCCAGGAAAUAAAUCAAUUUGGCACAAGAGAAUAAAAAAAAAUUUACAUGCAUGUAUACAUGAAACACAGUUAAUCGUACAGUAAUGAAUGUGAUAAGCAAAAAAUAUUUGUAGUGUAUUCAAAGUUUUAAUCAAUGUCUUGGACUUAUAUAUACUAGUAAGCACAUGCACUACACCAUAUAUAGGUAGCCAGUCAAAAGACAGUGUGUCAAAACACAGACAUCUGGGAAAUUAACAUGGAUUGUAUAUAUGAUUUGAACCAACCCUUUUAUAUUCUUAAUAUUCAUUUGAUCUCACCCAGAGUCCAGAGUUGGGAGUGUAUUCUUUUAUAGGAUAUUUUUUAGUUUACUGUAGAAUAAUUUACUACACUUGCACUUCUAAGUUAGCUUGCAAUUUAUUUUACUAUAAGUACUCUCCUAUGAGGCUUAAAAGAAGGUACUUGAAUUGAUUUCAUUUGAAAGCCCUUUAUAAGCAGCUGGGAUAUCAUUUGUUUUUUGAUGUGUUUGAAAAAGCAGUCAUUCUUAGAAAAUAAGGUGCACUCGAACGGUGAUGUAUGGUAAGAGGUUGCUAAUAGAUUGAUUCUGAAAUGUGAUGAUCACAGUCAAAAAUACCAUGGGCAGCUGUGGGAGUUUGGCAAUUUCAGGCAAAGUGCUUUGUGUAUUUUAUUUAAUUUUUGUCCAAAAUUGCUUCUCUAUUGGCCACCCACAAUGCUUUCCUUAACAAUCAUUACAUCUUGGAAUCAAACUUUUAAAAGACCAUACUCACACUAACUUGAUUUAAUUUAUUGACCAAAAAAGUUAAUAUACUAAUUAUUAUAGUGUGGAAUAUAUGUUUAAUAUAUUGAUUUGUGAAAAAUCCAUUGAUAUUAACUAUUAACAAUAUUUCGUUUUUACUUUAAAUUUAUUACUAAUGAUAUUGUAACGCAAUAAAUACCAACAAGCUGG